CGAGCUUCUUUAGUUUAUUAAGGGUUCGAGUAACAAGAAGCUUCUGGUAGUCACCAACGAGCUUAGCGACACGGGAUUCCACUCCGUUUCUAAUUUCAUUCAGAUACUCCAGUCUCCAUUCUUCGUUGUCCAUUGAUUGAAGAAAGCACACCAACUAUUCGACGUUUUGCUUCUGUGGCCAUUUUUCACAUUUUGGGCUGCAGAAGUUAUUAUCUUGGAAACUUGGCCAUCUUCCACUUGUUUUUACUUUAUAAUAACUGCUUUUCUUUUCAAAACUGUGAUCAUGAUAUUUUCCAUGUUUGCAAGAAAAGGUGCUUCCAUAUACAAUCAAAAUAUUAUCUUCAAGUUGAGGGGAUUCAAUAUCGGCUUCAAGUCCCUCACCACUCUUCCCAAUAAGGAUCAUGGGGCUGCACUAAGUUCUCUAUCUGACCCACCCUCUGAAUAUAAUUCUAAUACUAGCCUUCAUCUUUCCCACUUUUUCUCCAACUCCAAUCACAAAUCAAAUGGAUUUGACAUCGAGCUUGUGGACAGUGAUGCUUGGAGGGUCUCAUCUGUUGUGGCACAAGCUUGGCAAGGAAGGGAUUUAGCUGCAUCAGUAGACAGUUCUUGUGAUCAACAUAUAAUUGAUGAACUCGUUGAUGCUCGUUCCUCACAUGUUGAGGAUGAACUCGAUUUUGAAGACAUUGAUAAUAUGAGAGUUCGUGGUAAUCUGUUCUAUAAGCUUGAGCGCAGUUCCAUGGAGUUUGAAGAGUAUAAUUUAGAAUUCUACAAGAAAAAAUCAUCCAAGAAAAAAAAUGACAAGACUGAGGUUAUCGACAAAGGUAAAGCUAAAGCUAAAUCCACGCUGAAUGCGACUUCCAAGGAUAAGAAGCUUCCCAAAGUUGAUGAAUUGGGAAGAAGUAGUAAAAGUGUUAUGGCACAGAUGGAUGAAACCAAUGAUGUGUCUUCUCAUGUGAACAAGAGACAGAGGAUUCCCACUUUUAACCAGCUUACAGGUCCUUAUCAUGAACCAUUUUGCUUGGACAUUUAUAUAUCAAAAGCCUCUGUUCGGGCCUGCAUUGUUCAUAGGGUAACUAGCAAGGUUGUUGUUGUGGCACAUUCUAUUUCCAAGGACCUCAAGUUUGACCUGACUUCUACCAAGAACAAAACCACUUGUGCUGCUGUGGGGAAAAUUCUGGCUCAGAGAGCAUUGGCUGAUGAUAUUCAUGAUGUGAUUUAUACUCCAAGGAAAGGAGAAAGGGUUGAGGGGAAGCUUCAGAUUGUUCUUAAGUCCAUCAUUGAUGGUGGCAUUAAUGUGAAGUUAAAGAUUAAACAACGACCAAAGAAGAAGUCUUUCAGCUCACAUUUGACCUAGCUAGGGCCAUGCUUGUUCAGUGGAUACAGUAUAUUGGCCAUGGUUAUAUGGUGAUAUAUGUGAGGGAAUGAACUAUUUAAAUUUGAUUUCUCUGUAGUUAGAGGAUCUGGCAUUCACCCAGAAUGACCAUUUUACGGUCCAAAAAAAUACAGAUUUUCAUUUGAUAACAUUUAAAAUAUUGAGUUUGAAUCUAGAUUGUUCGAAACGACUACCAAUAUUUUGACUACGUGAAUACAGGACCCGUGUAGUUUAUACUCAGAAGGAGAUCGAGAUCUUAUCAUUAGGCUAGGGGGGUAAUAUUUUAAAGUACAUUUGGCAACCGCCAACUUCUUGUACCAUUUUAGAUCCCACCAUUGUAGUAGUAUGUGAAAAGGUUUAGUAUUUAAUAAAUGAAGUUGUAUGAGAUGUGUGAUCAUGCAUAAAUUAUGCUAUGAUAUAUCUAUUAUAAUUUGUGUUAGAUGUUCUAUUUCAUCAUGCAUCAAUAAAAAUCCAUAUAAUUGAAGUAACUUGGCAAAGCAGAGCGACAGUAUCAAUUAUCAAUUAUAAGAAAUAAGAAACAAUCAAAAGACUCAAUUCUACUGAAAGGGGCCAAUUACAUUCAAAA